UGCCCUGCGGAAGUGGCGCGGCCCGGCCCGGCCCGAGCAUGGCCCGCGUGGUCGGGAUGUUUAAGACCCUCAGGACCCACUGGAAGAAAAGCACGGUGGGGGUCUGCCUGUGCGCCUGGGGAGGAAGCUGGGUGUACGGCAAGCACUGCGAUAACCUGCUAAGGAGAGCUGCAUGCCAAGAAGCCCAGGUGUUUGGCAAUCAGUCGAUUCCUUCCAGCAUGCAAGUGAAGAAAGCAACAGUUUUUCUCAACCCAGCAGCUUGCAAAGGCAAAGCUAGGAACCUCUUUGAAAAGAAUGCCGCUCCAAUUUUGCACUUAUCUGGCUUGGAUGUAACAAUAGUUAAGACAGAUUAUGAAGGACAAGCAAAGAAGCUGCUGGAACUGAUGGAGAACACAGACUUGAUUAUUAUUGCAGGAGGGGAUGGAACUGUCCAGGAGGUCAUAACUGGGCUCCUCCGCAGAGCAGAUGAGGCUGCCUUCAGUAAGAUUCCAAUUGGAUUCAUACCCCUUGGGAAGACCAGUACCCUGAGCCACACACUCUACCCUGAAAGCACAAAUCAAGUCCAGUACAUCACUAAUGCUACACUUGCCAUUCUGAAGGGCGAGACAGUUCCACUUGACAUACUGCAGAUCAAGGGAGAAAAGGAACAGCCUGUGUUUGCAGUGACUGGGCUAAGAUGGGGAUCUUAUCGAGACACAGGAGUUAAAGUUAGCAAAUACUGGUACCUUGGGCCUCUGAAAACCAAAGCAGCUCACCUUUUCAGUACACUCAAGAAAUGGCCUCAGAAGCAUCAGGCCUCUCUCAUGUAUUUGGGUCCAACUGAGAGACCUCCAGAAGAGUCAGAAGACAAGCUGCCCAGAGCCCCUUUAUAUGUGAGGAUUUACAGAAGACUUCUGCAAUACUGGUCACGGCCUGCAAAAGAAGUCCCCCAAGAGGCAGCUCAUGAGGCCUGGGAAGAAAUGAAGCUGUCCACCAUUGAACUCUCCAUCACGACUCGGAACAGGCAGCUUGAUCUGACGCACACAGAAGACUUCAUGAAUAUUUGCAUUGAACCAGAUACAGUUAGCAAGGGAAAUUUCAUAAACAGAGGAAGUCAAAAGAUGCUUGACCCCCAGAUGUGUCCAGAAGGAAGUCUGUGUCUCCAAGCCAGCAAAUGCAUCUUAAAGCUUCCGGAGGGCACAGAAGGCUUCUUCGGCUUAGACAGCGAGGAGUAUGAAGCCAUGCCUGUGGAGGUGAAGUUGUUACCUCGGAAACUCCGAUUCUUCUGCGACCCCCAAAGGAGGGAGCAGGUGCUGCAGGCAGCGGUGAAGUGAGGGGCAUUCACCCAAGUCAUCAAAUCUACAGUCUCCCGAGUACCCUCCCCCAAAGAACUCAGCCUGAGUCCUGAGUUAACUGGCAUGUUUACAUGUCAGGUAUCAGCAGCUUUGGUGAGAGCUGCUAACUGACAAGUAACAAGGAAAGUAAAACUGCACAUUGGACUCAGAAACGCACAUCAACUCAGUGGCAUCUUCUUUUGUCUAAAGACAACAUUGUUCCAUUUAACAGCACUGCAGGCAGAUGCUAGUUAUACUGCCAGUCUUCAUUAAAGUGAAAUGGAAAAUGCAGUCAUCCCUGUUUGAGAGUGUUGGGGCUAUCUUACCUUGUUCAGAUCCAAAAAAUCUGGGCUCUAGGAAAUGUUUUGAACAUGAUGCUACUGCUGGGAUAGUAGGAGGGGAGUUUACAAAGUGCAGGUAUUGCCAUAGCAGAUAAGUGGUUCAUUUUAGUCUAAAUUCCCAUCUUUUUGUCAGCAGUGUGCCUGUACUUGAGCCUUCCUGUAUCAGGAGGGAGGGAGAUAAGAGCAUAAGCUGAAUUAAGUGCAAGCACUGAUAUCCCUUGCAAUUUUAUUCUAGCUAGUGUUUUAAGAUGCACAGUAAAACCCAUAUGUAAAACCCUCUUGCUUCAAGGGUCCUUUUCAUCCAGGGGAUGACUGCUUCAUUCUUAUUCAACUGCUAACCCAACCGCAUAUUGGAUCCAUGAGCAAUUGGUGAAGGCACGUUUUUAAUGUGGAGAUACUUAUUUUUUUGUCUUAUCAAACUGUUUACUUCAAAAAAAUAUUCAGCAGUUGUAUAAAUAAUUCCUUUGAUCUGGUUUUAGAUGCAUUGCUUUUCACUAAGUAAUGCUCUUGGUUUUUAUAGUAGCAUAAGAGGCAUCAAAAGACAGUUUUAUCACAUUCCUUAUUCUAUACAUAUCCUUACCCUGUUACUUUUGUUCCUAACUUAAAAUACCCUAAUCUUUCCGUAGAGAGCUGUCACUUCCACGAGAGAGCUCUAGCCCCUAAUGCUUUUGUUUCUCGGAGAUUUUUUCACUGUUAAAGCUUGUCACUGUAAAGAGAUGGCUUUGACUCGCAACAACUGUCUCUGUACUUUUCUUAAUUCAGCCAUCAACUUGCUUGAUUCUGGUUUGCUUAGCACCAUGCACUGAGCAAACUCUGUCCUCAUGUAUUUUGGAUGUGGUUGCUGUUUCUACUCAGGCUGAAGCAUUCCUGUUAAGUUUGCAGUGGUCUACAAUGAAUCCAUUGGCCUUCUUGUUGUAUUAGAUCACAUGUCCUUUGCAGGUGCAUUGGCCCAGUUGCUUCCUUCUAACUUUGGCUGUGCUGAGCCAUCUCCAAUGCCUCUGCAGCAGCCUGUGUGCUCAACCUUAAAAAAAGAUGGGCCAAAGGAGGGGAGAAAAAAAGUAAUUUCUGGUCUCAGGUGAAGAACAUGCAAGGAAAAAGAAAUUAUAAGUUAAGAGAACAGUUGGUGCUGUGCUUCCCCCCAAACAACAGGACAACACUGUUUACCACCAGCCUGCAGGCCCUCAGGCAGGAGGGCUUGUGCUUUUUAGAUUGGUGGAAGGGGCUGAUUUGUGUUAUUCUCCAUUGGUCAAAAGAAUGGGGGCAGUAGUGAGCAUAUAAUUAUCCAGUUUAGCACUGCUACCUCCAUGGGCACAUCUACAUGAGACAUUUAUUGCAGUUACCUAAUUAGCUCCACAGUAAAUGUCUCCACGUGCAGUGCUAUUAGGAUGGAG